AUGGUUCUCCAAGAUCUCGGCCGCCGCAUCAAUGCGGCCGUCACCAACCUGACGAGGGACCAGAACCUCGACGAAAAGGCCUUCGACUCGAUGCUCAAGGAAAUCUGCGCCGCCCUCCUCGAAGCCGACGUCAACGUGCGACUGGUCGGACAGCUGCGCAAGUCCAUCAAGGGCGCCGUCAACUUCAAAGAGCUCCCCCCGGCUGUCAACAAGAAGCGGCUCAUCCAAAAGACGGUUUUCGACGAACUCGUCCAGCUGGUCGAUCCGCACACCGAGCCGUUCAAGCCCAAAAAGGGCAGGUCCAACGUCAUCAUGUUCGUCGGCCUGCAGGGCGCCGGCAAGACGACGACGUGCACCAAGCUGGCACGCCAUUACCAGACCAGGGGCUUGCGCUCGUGCCUCGUCUGCGCCGACACGUUUCGAGCCGGAGCCUUUGAUCAGCUGAAGCAGAACGCGACCAAGGCCAAGAUUCCGUAUUAUGGCUCCCUCACCGAGACGGACCCCGCCGCCGUGGCCCGGGCCGGUGUCGAGCAGUUCAAAAAGGACAAGUUUGACAUCAUCAUUGUCGACACGUCGGGUCGGCAUCGCCAGGAGUCGGCUUUGUUCCAAGAAAUGGUGGACAUUCAGCGGGCAAUUCGGCCCGACGAGACCAUCAUGGUGCUCGAUGCAUCCAUUGGUCAACAGGCCGAGUCGCAGGCCAAGGCCUUCAAGGAGGCGGCCGAUUUUGGAGCCAUCAUCAUCACCAAGACGGACGGCCACGCGCACGGAGGCGGCGCCAUCUCGGCCGUCGCCGCGACGCGCACGCCCAUCGUCUUCAUCGGCACCGGCGAGCACAUGCUGGACCUCGAGCGCUUCGCCCCGCAGCCGUUUGUGCAGAAGCUGCUGGGCAUGGGCGAUAUGGCGGGCCUGGUGGAGCACGUGCAGAGCCUCAACCUGAACCAAAAGGACACCAUCAAGCACAUCCAAGAGGGCAUCUUUACGGUCCGGGAUCUGCGCGACCAGCUGUCCAACAUCAUGAAGAUGGGCCCCCUGUCCAAGAUGGCGGGCAUGAUUCCCGGCAUGAGCAGCAUGAUGCAGGGCAUGGACGACGAGGAGGGCGGGGCCAAGCUCAAGCGCAUGAUUUACAUCUGCGACUCGAUGACGGACAAGGAGCUGGACUCGGACGGCAAGCUGCUGAUUGAGCAGCCGAGCAGGAUGACGAGGAUAGCACGGGGCUCGGGCACGUCGGUGCGCGAGGUCGAGGACCUGCUGACGCAGCAACGGAUGAUGGCGGGCAUGGCCAAGAAGAUGGGCGGCAACAUGAAGAACAUGCAGAGGGCGCAGCAGGCCAUGGGCGGCGGCAACAAGGCGCAGCAAAUGGCGGCGAUGCAAAAGCGACUGCAGAGCAUGGGCGGAGGCGCCGGCGGCGCUGGCGGGGUCCCGGGCGGAAUGCCGGACAUGGGCUCGCUGAUGAGGAUGCUGGGCGGCGGCGGCGGCGGCGGCGGCGGAGGGAUGCCUGGCGGAAUGGACCUGCAGGGCAUGAUGCGGCAGAUGGGCAUGGGCGGAGGGAUGCCAGGGAUGCCAGGGAUGCCAGGGGCGCCCGGGGGGCGGGGCCGCGGCCGACGGUGA